UCUAUCUAUCUAUCUAUCGUUAUUAUUCAGAUGAUGCAAAUGGCCCUAUGAAAGUUUGCUCAUCUUAUUGUGGAGAUCAUAUUAACUCCCCUGUUUGGAUUACAGGUUCCAUAUCUAUUGUAUGUAACUGAGUAGGAAAAAAUAUUUCUUAAAAAGUUGAUCAAACUCUGGUGGGAGGGAAUGUAUUCGGAGCGGUUGCGCGUCGCUGCAUUUUUGUGUGCGUCGGCUGUGUUUUGGUGCGAGAUUCCUCUGGACCCUUAUAUGGUCAAGGCCAAGAGAGAGUGUGAAGCUGAGGGCAGUGUGAUCUGUUAACACUCACAAAGACUUCAACGAGAAAGCAAAGCAUUAUUCAGACGAGUAACUGACCUGCUGAGUGAAAGGUAGAAGAAGGUGGUCGUGCCUUCCAGGCUGGAGUGCGGGAAGGUGACGAGCUGGUGUCAAUCAACGGAGAGCCGUGUGCUGAUCUCACCCUUUUACGAGCCUUUGCCCUCAUCGACGCAUCAAUUGACUGUCUGCAAAUGCUUGUCAAAAGAUACUGCCCCACCCCCCGUGAAGACCAUGAAUCAGAGGAGACAUACUGCGGUGAGAGGGACUCUUCUGGUGAGGCUUUGGAGAGCACCACCCUCCACAUCUUCUCCCCAAGGCACAGGUCCCAAAGCCCAAGAGUACUCCACAUAUCUGAGUCUCAGGAUGAGGCCUACUAUGGUGAGUUGGACAGCAUCACAGAGUUCCCCAAGGGAGCCCAACUGCUUUGCACCCAGCUGCAUGCUCCCUCAUCUGGUGAUCGGAGAGGCCGGAAGCCUGUUUUUAAAGACAAUGAUGAAGAAGUACGGCGGUGCUUCUCUCCUGGGGACAUGGUCGAGCUCCAGGUGUCCCUGUCUGAACAAAACUUGGACGACGUGGGCUGCACCUCUCUUGGGAGUGCCCAAGGGAUCCAGGGAGAGCUUUCAAACAGAGAGGCCAUUGAGACGAUCCACGCCACCACCACCACCACCUCACACUAUGUGCCGUGCUCUGUCAGAGAACCGCUCGGCCAGCAUGGAGUCGUGCUCAGCUCACCUUCGAUGCUGGGGCAGGUGGAGGUCAUUUUGCAGCAGUCAGCAGCAUCAGGAGCAGGGAGGGGCAUCCUGAGUGUGGGUGGCCCCAAGGUCAGUGGAAGUGUUGGAUCCCAAAGCGAAGGAGAAGAAGGAGGAGGGAACUGCGAGGGAGUUCCUGGGUCUUUUACUGUCUCAUUUGGAUUUCCCUCUGAAGAGGAGACACCAGCAGAAGAGCAGGACUCUGAUUGUGAGGGGGGUCAAGACAAACCCAACAAGCACCGGGCAAGACACGCAAGACUCAGGCGUAGCGAGAGUCUGUCUGAGAAGCAGGUGAAGGAGGCCAAGUCCAAAUGUAAACGUAUUGCUCUCCUUCUUACGGCUGCGCCGCCCAACCCCAACAACAAAGGGGUGUUGAUGUUCAAAAAACAUCGGCAGAGGGCCAAGAAAUACACACUUGUGAGCUACGGCACAGGAGAAGACGAACCAGAGGACAGUGACGAAGACGACGAGGAAAACGACGACGACAAACAAGAAACCCACACUGUUGAAUUUACCCUUGUGGCUCCCAACAAUUCUGAAAUAGACAAGCAUUUCCUUGCUAAUGCCCAUAGUAGCAAAGGUGUGCUAACUUUCAACUGGGACAGGGGUCUCCUUGAGAUUGAAAAGAACCUGAACAACCAAGCAGAGAUGGAAUGUUUACCUGAAACAAAGGGCAAGGGUGCCCUAAUGUUUGCCCAACGGCGUCAAAGGAUGGAUGAGAUUUCUGCUGAACAUGAGGAGCUUAGGCGCCAUGGGAUUCCAGUGGAAGGAGUGCCAGAGGCUGAAAAAAAGAUAGCGGAGCACUCCUACAUGCAGUCCACAACAGAGGGCCAUGCUUACAUGGAUGUAAAUAUACACCAACAAAGCCAACAGCAACAACAGUACCAGCAAUAUCGGGAGCAACAAUACUAUGAACAACAACAGAACUACCAACAACAACAACAACAACAACAACAACAACAACAACAAUAUCAACAACAGUAUCAGCAGCAGCAGCAGCAGUAUGAACAACAGCAUUAUCAACAACAGCAACUGUAUCAGCAGCAGCAAGAAUAUCAUCAAGAGCAGCAGCAGAUGCAGCACUAUUCUUCAAACAUCAAUGGCACAGUCCAACAUCAAACCAGUGAAAUGCAGAGUUCUUUCAGCAAUCGUGCUGCAAAGCCUUUCUCAAUAGAAAACAUGGCGGAUACCCCUUAUUCACCUGCAAUGAGUGGGACCAAUCAAGAUUCUGCGGGCCAAGGGGAGCAGAUAGCUUCCCGUGAUGAGCGUAUUUCUACCCCUGCAAUUAAGACUGGCCUUUUGAUGGAUGCAAGGAGAAGAAAUACUGGCAAGCCUAUGUUCACUUUUAAGGAAGCACCAAAAGUAUCACCUAACCCAAUAUUGCUAAACCUCCUCAACAGAAGUGAUAAGAAGUUGGGCAUUGAGUCAGGACCUGAGGAAGACUACCUUAGCCUUGGGGCUGAGGCUUGUAAUUUCCUCCAGUCUCAACGAGUUAAACACAAGACUCCUCCACCUGUGGCUCCAAAGCCUGUGAUCAACCCCAACUCUCCUCCGUGGUCCCCACAGAUAGAAGUGACCAACCAGGACAUGCCUCAACAAGCUGAAAAUAGUGUAGCCACACCUGCUGUAGCCCCCACCACUUUGACUACCCCUGCUCCAGAACUAGAGCCAACCCCUGCACCUGCCCCUGAUCCCUCUGCCCCUCCUGCCCCUCAGGAGACUCCUGCCAGCAACCCCACAGAGGAACAGCACACAUGGACUCUCCCAGAGUCUGAAUCUCGACAACAGGCUAUGCAAGUGACAGCUCAGGAGGAAAGUGGUCAUAUGAAUUCUACCAUGCAGGCUGAGCCUGCUCCUGUGACUAGCUGGGCAGCAGCACAAACACAAGCACAACAACAGCCAUCUACCAAUUCUUGGCAUCCAGCUCAAGUACACCCCCAGGAACCACCUCCAAAUCAGACCCAAUCACAGCCACCUUGGGUGACAAGUCAGCCUUCUCAGACCCAAGCACAGCCUCAACCUCCCAGAAAUACUUGGACCCCUCCAAUGCAGCCAUCCUGGAGUCAGCCUCAAGAACAAGCUCAAGCUCAGACACAUGCUCAGCCAUCCUGGGCCCAGCCUCAAGAGCAACCACAGUCUCAGCAACAGGUUCAGCCACCCUGGAUACACUCUCAUGAGCAGCCAAAUCUGCAGCAAAUGCAGCCAACUUGGGGUCAACCUCAACAACCAAUGCAGCAGCCACCACAGGCCCCGUGGGCACAGCCAUCACAAACCGACUCCAAGCAUCAGCCACUAUGGGUGCAACAACCCCAGCAGAAAUCCCAAGCACAACCUCCUUGGACUCAACAGGUUCAGCCAGAAUCCCAGCCACAACCGCCAUGGGUUCAGCAACCACAGCAUCAGUCACCACAACAAGCAUGGCCACAGGCCCAAGCACCAGGUCAGCCUCAACCACCUUGGGUGUCAGCUCAGCCUCAACAGCAAUCUUCAAUUAGUGCAUGGCCUCCGUCACAAACUCAAGCCCAAGUUCAGCCACCUUGGAUCCAAGCAGCUCAAGUACAACCUCCAGUGCAGCCCCAAGCAAAUUUGAAUCCAUGGGCGCCAGUACCUGCGCAGGCGCAAUCCCAACCAUCAUGGGCUGAGCAUCCUUCAGAACAUGGUCAGCAACCUAUUAAUUCUUGGGCCCAUGAGCAAAAUCAAGCCCAGCAUCAACCACCUUGGGCUCAACCAGUCCCACCACAGCCUUCACCACAGCCAAAUUGGCAACAGUCCACUUUAAAGACUCAAGCACAACCACCAAUGAAUACAUGGCCUUCAGCUCAGACUCAGCCUCAGACACCUGUGAAUGCCUGGGCACCACAGUCACAGCAAAUGCCUGUGAAUGUUUCCACGUCAAUGGUGAACACUCGUCCCUCACCAAAACCUUGGCAUCCACCACAAAAUGACCCACAAAACCGGACCCCUCCACCUCCACCACAGCGAAUGCACUCUUUUACGAUUGGUCAAAGAGCAUCAUCACCCAUAAACCCAAUGGCCACUGUCUUGAACCCAUCAUCCCCAGGUUCAGCUUUUGAGAUGCCAGCCGUCAGAGGAAAAGGAGCUGAUAUGUUCGCCAAGAGGCAGUCUCGUAUGGAGAAGUUUGUUGUGGACUCUGAGACUGUGCAAGCAAACAAGGCAAGCCGGUCAACAUCACCAGUUGCGUCCUUACCAAAUGAGUGGAAAUAUACACCCAAUGUACGUGCUCCACCUUCACGGGCAUAUAAUCCUAUUCAAUCUCCCUCUUAUCCCCCAGCAGCAACAAAGCAGGCCCUUCCAAGUAGCUCUUCAGCCAAAGACAAGAACAAAGCCAAAGAGAAACCAAAGCCUGCCCCCAAACCUCUGAAUGUUAUAGAUGUUAUGAAGCAUCAACCCUAUCAACUCAAUUCCUCACUCUUUACCUUUGGCCCAGCAGCCGAGGAUACCAAGCCCCCUACAUCUAAGCCCGAAUGUUCACCUCCUAACCCACCUGUUGAAAACCAACCAAUUAGAUAUGAGCAAAUGGCCCCCAUCCAGCCAGCUGGACCAUUUAAUGCUCCAUACAACCACCAAGCCUAUGGGAUGCCCAUGCAGCCUAUGAUGCAUGAUGGCCACUACCAGCAAAACCCUGCUAAUGUUUAUCCUCCCUCCAAUCCUUAUCAUCAACCUUCCGGUGGUCCAUACCCGCAAGCAUAUAACCAACAGUAUCAGCAACCCGCCCCACUUGCUUAUCAUCUCCAAACUCCUCAGUCUCCAAACCUUCCCUACCAACAGGCACCACAAGCCCCUUACCAACCAGCUAAUAGCCCUCCCUACCUGGCACCUCCCUCAGUACCUUACCAGCCACAGCCUCCCAGUAGCUAUGCUGCUCCUUGUUUUCCUGUACCUGCAAGACCUGAGUCUGUAUCAGGUGGUAACACUACAGCUGCUCCUAAACCUAAAUUUACAGCUAAAAAGAGCUCAGCUCAGGUGUGGAAGCCUACAGCAGUUGAUAAAGAGUGAUUCUGAUAGAAUCAUGAGACUUGGUGUCUGCUUAAGUCAAAGGUGGUUGGUGCUCUUGCAGUCCUCUGCCAGGGGGACUAUUGAGCACAUACACUUGCUUUUGCAAUGACUAUCUUCAUUGAAAGUAUUAGUGUCAUAGGACAGAGCUUGAUGGUUUUCAAAGUUUUGAGGGCUAAUGUGGAUAGCAUCUCCAACACAUUAAGAACAUAAGAAUAAGAAUUGUUUCUUACCAGACAUAAAGGAGCCAAAUGCUUCUUUAUAAAGCAUGUACAUUUUAACAUGUUAAUAGAAAAUGAUGCAUAUGCAUACUCAGAAAAUUGCUAAUCAAUGUCAUUUUAUGUAAAAGAUUCUCAAGUGAUGGCUAUAUAAGAAUGUAGGAGAGCAUGAUGCUCGGUAAGAAUUCAAAGAAAGAAGUGCGGAAAAAUAAGAAAUGGAAUGAAAGAAUGAUAUCAGAUAGUGACAAGAGGAAGGUGAUUUUUGAAAAGAAGAAAAAACUAAAUGUGUCUUAUCUUAUUUGAUAAAGAAACAAUCAAAACAAAAAACAACUAAAAUGCAAUAAAGUUCAAUAAAAGAAUCAAUUCAAUGAGUAACGUAAAAAAUAAAAAGUAGUGAGGGAGAAAGGGUGGGGUCUGUGGGAUGAAAUGAUACCAAACAGAAGGCUCAAUUUGUCAGUUUGUCAGUGAUGUCAUAAGUACAGCGAUUAUGUAAUAACUGUGACAUUGCAAGUGAAGGCCGGAGAAUACAGUACAGAUAGUACUCCUCACUAAAAGUGACAACUAACACUGGUUGCUUGAGUGUUUGAUUAGUAUACAUUUAUUCCUCAGUGUCUUUGCCAUAACACCUGCUUACGUGAGUUAAUUUUAUUUUAACCUUUUUACCAGCUGUUGCAUCAUGUAAGGUACUAUAUUUAAACUGCCUCAUGAGAGGCAGUGCUGAGGUCCAGAUAUAGUAGGCUUAAAUUUCAACUGAAGCCAGUCAAUGCUACUAUAUCUUAGACCCUCACAGUAUUUUUUCUGAUAACAGAAAAAAAAAAAACAUUAUUGCCCUCUCACCUAGCUUCACUCUUCUGUGCAUCUUCUCCAGGUUUUGUUUUAUAUGAAUAGAUGAUCAAUUAUAUACAAAAGAAGAAUUAUUGAAAGGACAACCAGCUUGAUAACGUUCACAAAUAUAUUUUUGGUACAGGGCUGCUUUUGUUCUUCAUGUUCUUUUUCCUUUUCCUUUGUGUGUUUCUCUUCAUAGCGCACUUUCUGUAUGAUUCACUGCAGUGCCAUUAAAAUGUCUUUUAUCCUUA